AAGCUAGAUAUGGGUGGUGAUCGAGACGACUGUAAAGUCUAUGUUGGAAAUCUGCCAGACUAUGUGAGGAGCAGAGAUUUGGAGGACGUGUUCUACAAGUACGGGAAGAUUGUUGAUGUUGAUAUUCAUAGUACUCGUGGUGGUGGUGCUCCUUUUGCAUUCGUUCUCUUUGAUGACGACAGAGACGCAGACGAUGCUAUCCGAGCGAGGAACGGAUACGAUUUCGAAGGAUACAGACUGAGAGUAGAACGCUGCAGAGGCGGACGUGACCGAGACAGAUCACCUCCCCGGUCAGGAGGAGGAUCAUCUUACUACAGAGGUCGAGGACGUGGUGGUGGUGGUGGUGGUGGUGGAGAUCGAGGUGGCAGACACCCCAACAUCCCCAGACGCUCUGAGUAUCGCGUCAAAGUCGGAGGACUGCCACCCACUGGCAGCUGGCAGGACAUCAAGGACCAUCUCCGUGAGGCUGGUGACGUGUAUUACGCUGAAGUGUACGGUGACGGAUCAGGAAUUGUCGAGUUCGCUCGACAGAAAGACGUGGAUACAGCCGUUGAGAAACUCGACAACACCAAGUUCAAGUCUCACGAGGGAGAAACUACCUACAUCACAGUGACAGAAGACACAUCUGGAGGCGGUGGAGGAGGCGGUAGUUCCCGCAGAUCCCGCUCCCGUUCACCCCGCAAAUCCUACAGUCGCAGUCCCAAACGUGGUCGCUCCUACUCCCGCUCCCGCAGCCGAUCUCGAGGUCGCUCUCGCAGCCGAACACCUUACUAAACACCAGGAACUUUUUAUUCGGGGAAAACUGUUUUCAGGGGAAUUUCUCAGCAAGGAACACUUUUUGGAGUUAAGGAAGGAACGGAUCUAGGUGGGUUUAGUUGUCCUGCUCUUAUGUUGCUACUACUGAUUAAUUAAUUAAUUAGUUAAUCAGUAUAUUAAAAUGUUACCAUUAUAUACAAUAGCUAUUAGGUAUUAUGUUUGCGCAAAUGUCAAAUCGCAGUAGCUAUCUUAUACAUUCGCUAGCCCAUAUAUAAUGUGCGAUUUUGUCCUAGAUACCCCUGCUUUGCUGGCGUGCUAUGAUUGUAGCACGCAUGUUCAGGAAAAUGGAAAUUCAACAUUUAAAAUAUCCCAACGCACACUUUUGUUUUUGGAGUGUAGUUGUUGCUGAUACAUAAUAAAUUGUAAUUCUUUUCGCAUGUCUUCGUAGUGUUCAACGGGCUCAAUCGGUUGCAUAAUAUCAAAAAAAGGCGGUCUUAGUUAGGUUAAAAAAGCGGCGUGGUCUGUACUUUUCGUAUCGAAAAGUUUGCCUUCAGGCUUCAAGAGGUGGUAAAUUCUUCAAAUAUUGCAAAAUUGCUAAUAGGGUAUUUUUUGUUUACCUUUUUGGAGGUCUUGCGGCAUCAAUUUAAGUGUGGCCAUUUAUGCGAAUUUUGGGCAUAUUUCGUAACUACCAUUCCACCCCGUUUGCGUUGCAAAUAUCCUUUUUCUCGAAUCUAAUACUAAUAUUUGUAGCCGGCUCGAGGACAUCGAAGGAUGGACCCCCUUGAUCUUGAUGUCCUUUGAGGAACUUUAAAGCCGCCCUAGGAGCCCAUAAUUGAUGUCCAAAUGAUGUCCCCAAAGGAGCCUAAAAUGAUGCUCAAUUCUAGGAUUCCGUUUAGAUGUUCGAUGCCCUGCAUUCAAACCCGUGAUAGGAUAAGGAUUCGGGAUAGGAUAUCUCCUCUCUCCGGAGAGGAAGGGGCUAACCAACCAUCUUCAGGAAGUAUUUUGUGUUCUGUAUGAGGCUGACAAAUGUUUCACUUUACAUACGAUCUAAGCACAUUUUAUCUUGAUUAGUGUUAUAUUUUCAAUAUUGAAGUUAA